AUGGUUCUCGAUAAUGACACGCGUGGGUGGAUAAUGACCGCGGUCAGCGGCAUAGCAUGCACAUUUGGAGCUUCGAUAAUAUGCGUCGACCUCAUCGUACGAUAUUUCCCCGGCAAGAAGAAUUUCAAGAUUGAAGAAAGUAAUGCAUUCUUGUCGACGGGACUGAGUCUGUCCUUUGGUGUCAUGAUAUUCUCGUCAUUAUAUAGCAUGCUUCCCUCGGCAAAAGACUAUUUGAAGAAGGGAGGCAUGUCACCACGAAAUGCGAUAUUAACAUUAAUCGGUUGCUUCCUGAUUGGUGCUCUUGGCAUCUCAGUUCUUUCCGGAAUACUGCACCAGUAUAUUCCACACUCCGUCGUGGACUGCGACGACAAGCAUGGUGACGAAGAGCAAGGGAAUGGUCAUGAUCACCACUCGCAUUCUCAUCCACCAAUGCAGGAGCAACAGCCCAGUCUUCCGCAAGCCCAUAGACAUGACGAGCAACCCUCAUACGGAACUAACAGCGAUAACUCGAAAGCCGCUCUAUCCCGGAGACCAUCGUUGCACAAGUCGCUGUCAUCCAAAGUAUCUCAACUAGUCAUUGGUGCCGAGAAACCAUGUGACGAUACGGAUAGUGGACAAUGUUAUGGCGACCUGUGUGAAGUUCGGCCUGCACGCUUGCAAUCGAGAAAGUCCUUGGGAAGCUUGACAACUGCACGGCCGUCAGGAAUGAGCAGGAGCCAAACAUCACAAGGACCGCAUGAACGUCGAGCAAUUUUGGAAGAUGUUGACGAAACAACACCCUUGGUACCAGCACGGUCUGGGCCAGCUACAAUGGAAAGCUCCUUUGCAAGUCUGCCGCCUUCUAAUGGUCACGCAACAUCCAGUCUGACACAUGAAAUUCAACCACUACAAAAACACAGCCGCUCAUCCUCCACUACCUCAUCACACACUGAUCACCAUCAUCAUCACGACCACGACGAGCAUGACGAGGCGCAACAACAUCAUCACCACGUCCCAACGAACGCUUUCCUCUCUCUCGGUCUGCAAACAAGCACAGCAAUUGCUCUGCACAAGAUUCCAGAAGGCUUCAUCACAUACGCUACAAACCACGCCAACCCGACAUUGGGCUUCUCCAUUUUCCUCGCAUUGUUUAUCCAUAACAUCACCGAAGGAUUUGCGCUAGCACUACCUCUCUACCUGGCGAUCGGCUCGCGCUGGAAAGCGAUGCUGAUCUCGGCUGUCCUGGGAGGCGUCAGUCAGCCGCUAGGCGCAGGUGUAGCAGCAAUAUGGUUCAAGAUUCAAGGCAGAGGCCGACAGGAUGGUACAGAUGAGGGAAUGGACACUAUCUAUGGAUGCAUGUUUGCUGUCACGGCAGGUAUCAUGGCUAUGGUAUCACUGCAACUCUUGGGAGAGAGUCUAGAUAUGACAAAUUCUCGGCGUCUAUGCUUUGUUUCUGCAUUUGCGGGUAUGGGAAUCUUGGGACUGAGCAGUGCACUCACGGCGUAG